UCGUGAAGCAUCUGGAACGCAACGCAUACAAAUCUCAUAAUUGAUUAAAAAUCGAAUGUCGAUUCUCGAAUUUUUUCAUCGAUUCUCGGAUCGAAUUAGUACUAAAAAAUCGACGAAAAAUUGAAUCGGAAGUCUCGAUUAAUCUAUACUCGAUUAAAUCGAUUUAAAAACGCCAUUUCUACUAUAAACAAUUUGUUUACAUUGUAUUUUUUCAUAAUAUAAAUUAAGCAAUUGUUUUCAUUAGCAAUGGCUCUGAAAAUUGGCAUAAACAAUUGUCAUAUAAAAAAAUGCGGGGAAAUAGAAGCGUUGAUGCCGAUAGAAAAGAAAGAAUUUUUUCUGAAUUGUGGGUUUUGUGAAUUUACGUUUCUUCAAUUAGACAAAUUUAUAGAUCAUAUAUACGAGGACCAUUCGAUCGAAUUCCUGUAUCCUGAAAUUAAGCAAAGAGUUGAAGGUAUUCCUCAAAAAUUGCAGCAAAGUUUCAGUAAUGAGACUGUAUCGCAUUCAAAGGUAGAGGAGGAAGCUGUUGAAGUAUUGGAAAUACACAAAUCGGAUAUUGGGCUCGAAGAUAAAUCUGAUUACUCAAUAAAGGAAGAAAUUAUCGGCAAAAUGGAGCAAUACAUCUGCAAGGUGUGGAGCGCAGAUCGAACUGUGAAGAAAACAUUUAUGUCGGAAGGAACGACAGAUGCCAUAAUAACCGCUGCUUCAAAUUAUGGCAUACGAGGUAAUAAGAUCGUUCUGGAAUGCGAUGGCACCGAAAUCUGCGGUGAUGAUGUCCUGAAAUAUUAUUUGAAUGAAAAAGCCACAUUGAUGAUGCUAGCUGAUGAAGAAUGGUGCACGCAAAGGUCAAUUGAAAUACUAAGCAACGAUGUGAUUCAACCUAAACAUGCUAAUCAACAGCAAGAACAGUUUUUGCUUAUGACUGCGGAUACGGCCGUUGAAUCAUAUGUUACAUCCAAGGUUGCAACCAGCGACUCAUUUUCAUCUUCUUCGGAAACCGGUGAACCAGCGAAACAACAUUUUAAGAAUUUCAGCAUACCAUGGCAUAAGGUUCCAUCGGACUUAAUGAACUUGCUAAAUACUCAACAAAAAUUGGGUAAACGAUUAAACACAUUAGCUAAUUGCAUUGUGGAUGAAUUGCGAAUGUAUUCCUCAUUCAUACCGAUGUGUAUUUUACGAUCAGUGACGCGGGAAGCCGUUGCCAAGUUUCCCGCUUCGUUACUGGAAAAAGAUUGCGAAGGGAAUAUUAUAUCAGUUACAACAAUCCCCUUGCUAACCAUAAUGCGGAACAGGAACAAUUUUUUAAAUCGUGCACCGAACCCCAAGAGCUGCAGUCUAACGCCAAAUAUUCCCUUAGCUAAAAGACGUCGAACAAACGUUCUUAAAACAACUUGUAGUAACUGGCAACCAGUGGAUUUGAUAUCUCCUGAAACCAUUGCAACCUUAAAUAAAAAAAAAAAAUAUUUAAUGAAUUUGUAUAAAAUGCAAUCGGACUUCCAGUCAAUGGAAUUGAUAAAAUCACAUAUGAAAGAUUGCUUUCCAUUACAACGCUCAAAUUUUAAUGAAAUGGACCCAUCACCCACAAUUGAAAGCAUCAAAAGAGAUUGGCCAUAUAUUUUCAGCACCGAAUGCUUGAAUCAACAUUUUGGGCAGUUAAUGAACACUGAUCCAGAUCUUUUUGAUAUGAAUUUCAAUAAAAAUCGAGAAGAAACUGCAGCAUUCUUUGAACACCUACAAGGUAAACAUAACUUACUGAAAGAGGCACACCAAACAAACUACAUUAUUAAAAGCAUAGCUAAGUAUUUCAAUGAAAAUGCAAACUACUUGUUCGCCAUUUUCGAGAUUGGAGCCAAUUUGGACACAAUAGUAGAAAAAGUACCUACCAAUACUCCUUUUGUUGCCUUUGUAGAAAACGAUGUCGAAAAAGAAACAUACAACUGCUAUAUAUUUAUUGAAAAAACUUUAGUGUCACACACUUUGGGCGACGGAGACAUGUUUAAAUUCCUUAAACAAAUUAUUCAAUAUUAUUUUGUUUUUAAUAUAAUAUAUCCUCCGGAAACAUCGCAAACGAUGGAAUUUUUCGUACGUUUUUUUUAUAAGUUCUACCCAAAUUCUUCUCGAGGAGCAAAAAAAAAUAUUAAUAACAUUCAAAAGUGUUACCGCGUAUCACUAGCGUUUACUUCGAAUAUCCAUGAGCAGUAAGUCAUCUGUCGCACAGAGACAGCCAAAGAGCAGAAGCCUAGGCAUCUCGCAAGACCCAUUGCCAGAGAGUCCAUGGUGCAUCGUUCGGCAGUACAGAACGGUAAACGAACUGCGAGAGGGUUGGAUCAGGCUGGUGCGGAACAUACCGUAAAAUCCUCCAUUCUGGAUGUGACACGAGCACCUAAGGCAAGCAAAGGCAACCACACUCGACCAGACGCUUACUUGAAAUUAAGCUCCCCAAGUGGACGGGGAAAAGUAACCAGACGGACGACUCAAAGAUAUAUAUUUGGUAGCAUCUAAGGUGCAUCCAAAGAAAACCUACAUUAUGUCCAGGUGGCUUCAGUUGUCUUGACACGCACGUUUUAUGAGCAUCACCUUGACAUCGAUUUUUCUAUGACCAAAAGUUACAAAGUUUCAACAUACUUACAUUUCUCCAAUUACACUGUAGGGACGCUAAAACGCCGAGACAUGUCGACUUAAUUUUGGGUCGUAGAUUACGGAUGUGUAUAUCGUUUUUCUAGAUCAGGUAA